AACGUGGACGCGCGAUGCGAGUUGUCGACGUGCAGAUGAACAAAAGAGACUUCCGCGUUUCCGCUACUGUGACUCUGCGGGAGUGCAGCGUCGUCAUCAUCGGAAGUACAUGCAGGAUAUGCGGCAGAGACUUCAAAUGCGAGAGCGACGUUGCCGUACACACGCGAUGGCGUCAUAACAACCACGCCAUGGGAUCGCUGAUGGAUAUCCUGGACCGCCAGAUGAAUCUCAAGAACGUCAAUCAGAAGUGCGACGUAUGUGACAUGCCAUUUGAGAUGAUUUCGGAUCUGAAGUUUCACAAACGACUGAUACACAAAAACAAAUCCAGAUACAGAGGUAAACGCAAAGAGGAAAAAUAACGUGUGAAAUUUAAACUGAAUGGCGUGACGACAACGGAUGUGAGCCUGGAUCGAAAGUAUAUAAAGAUACAGGACAGUUUUGAACGAUAUGUCGACGUUUAUACGCAAACUCCAAUCUUCUACGAAAAUGAGAGAUAUCAAGAUAAUUGCUCUGGGAAUAUUGAUUUAUCUCUCCCGAACCAUGUCGUGAACGAGAAUCAUAUACAAUACGGUAUGCGGCCGAACAAAGCUGGGAAUCGAUAUAUUGUAGGUAAAUUCGCGUCUACUACUACUAAAGGCAACGCGAUAGCGCAUCCUGUCGUAGUGGCGGAGAGAAGUCUCGUAGAGAUCUCGAAUAUAGACACAAUCCCCGAUAGCGACGACUUAUGCAAAGAGAAUUGUGAAGAUCAUUAUUAUCUCGUUACUGCAAAAAACGCCGAGGUCGCGUUUGUCGAAAGUUUUAUCAAUAGCGCAAACACUCACGAUAAGGAAAAUUUGCAGAGAAGAAAUGGGCGAGAAAAGAGAAACACAUAUUGUCGGAGCGAAAUUUCGCUCAGUGACGAUUUUCUCGCUUGCCAGUCGGAAGAAGUUGAUAAAACGUUAUCUAUGUCUAAACAAAAUUCUUGGUCCAGCGAAAAUCGUCACUAUAUCGUCAGAUGGUCCGAUGAAAUUGCAAAAACCCAAGAAACCGAUGAAUUGACCAAUUCUUUAUUAGAUUCUAUGGAAAUAAUUUUAGAUAAUGAGAAAAGAUAUGACUUUAAUGAAAAUGGGACCAAACUUCCUCCUUCCUUAUCUCGACUUAACAAAAAAAAUGAGUCGAUAAAAGUUAAUUCGAGCACUGACGACGACGUGCAAGAAGUACUGCGAAUAACGAGAGGAAAUGCCCAUAACGAUAUCAAUCAUGAAUCGCCUAAUCGCAUGGAAAGGGAGAUACUGAUACAAAACGUUAUAAGCGAAACAUUACCGUCACAGUUAGAACCGAUUGUUUAUCCAAAAGUUGAUAUCGUGUUUACAACAAAUUUUCAAUCGUCCGACUGUCCAUCGUUUAUGGUCAUGACUGAAAAUGAUUAUCAAUUUUUGACGAAUUCAUUCGACAAAAGACUGAGCAUUUGUCUGGAAGAUCAUCAUUGCGGGAUCAGACACUACAACGAUAUAGCAGAAAUUAAUAACAACAACUUAGAAGAGUAUAAAAAAAAUUCCUUUGAAACAUCGAAGCGGUUGAUUAAAUCACAAUAUACCAAUGAAUCCAAGGUUAAAGACAACGAAGUAACUGUUGUAUUAGAUUGAAUGUGUGUAAACAAGCAUUGGUUCCUGACUAUCAUUAGAGAUACUUUAUAGAUCAUAAUCUUCUCAAGGCCAAAUAACAAAUGCCAACAUGUUCUUUUAUACUUCUUUCGGUUGCCUUCUUUAAAUUUUUUAAGGCAAACAUAUU